AUGGUCAGUUUGCUUGGUACCGCUUUGCUGAGUUCCCUUCUCAGUAGGCUUACGCCGGGCCCCAAGGCCGCCUCCAAGACCCCUGCUGCCAAGCACAAGUUCGUCAUCGACUACUCUCGUCCCGCAAACGACGGUGUCUUCGAUGGCGCUGCCUUCGAGAAGUUCUUGCACGACCGUAUCAAGGUCGAUGGCAAGGCGGGCAACCUCGGCGACAAUGUCAAGAUUCAGCGUGACGGCGACAAGAGCAUCACCGUGACGUCCAAUAUCCCCUUCUCCAAGCGGUACCUCAAGUACCUCACGAAAAAGUUCCUCAAGAAGAACACCCUUCGUGACUGGAUUCGCGUUGUCGCCUCAUCAAAAGACCACUACCAGCUCAAGUUCUACAACAUUGCUGGCGCUGGCGACGAGGAGGAAGAGGAGUAA